GUUUUUCAUAAAUCUCAAUUGAAUACCUUUAAAUUUUUGUAAUUUCCUCAAAUCUCCAAAACGACGAUGCUCGACGGGGUGGUGUUAGGAGGAACGAUCAUUUCCACCUCGGAGAAGAAUAACUGAGGGCGUUGAGAACUUUUGAGACAGCAAAUGAGCUCCAUAUUCAGCCGAGAAGCCGUCGGAAAACCUUGAAUUAGCGGAACAACUUCAAUUGUAGAUAAAAAUAACUUUUGUUCGAAUAUGUCAACAGACAGGCAUUCUUCUUCUUUCGCUGCAUUCCCUGAUGAAACGAACCUGGUGAUUUUGCCACCUGCUUUGACAGGUUAUGCGAUUUUAGCUGUGGGAGCUACUUGGAUACUUAGUUCCUUACAAGAAUUAAUUGUUCUACUACUCUGUAGCUGUGAUGUCAUUCUUCUGGUUGCCACAGGCGUAUUUCAACAAUAUCUGGUUUACCAAGUCAAGAAGAUACGCCUACAGCAUUCUGAAGCGCCAAAGAAUUCUGUUUUGCUGCUUUCAAGCAGUUCAGGUCGUUGGGGGUACUAUGGUUUCAGCGAAAAGUUGAAGCAUUUAAUUCGCCUGCCAUUUGCUACUAUUGCGUAUGGAACUGCUGCAAUGUUGCUUGUCAUGGCCUGGAAACCCCAUAUCAGUAUUUUAUCAAUGUCUAUGCUACUCAGAAUUAUUAUGCUGGUCGAAGCAAUAUGUGCUGGGUUUUUUAUGAGUGUCUACAUUGGUUAUGUGCACCAGUACAAUUCGUUGGAUUCCCAGCCUGAUGUUUUGAACUCACUGUAUUCUCCACUGCAACAGUCAAGUGCUUUAGAAGGAUUGAGGUACCAUGAUGGGGGACGCCUGUCUGAUCAGCAGAUGGCCUUGUUGCAAUAUCAGAGGGAAAACCUACACUUUUUAAGUGAGGAGAUUCUUAGAUUGCAGGAGUGCUUGAGCAAAUAUGAGAGAUCUGAUGAUGGGAGUACGCCUCAGGUUGAUCUCGCGCAUUUAUUGGCAGCUCGCGACCAAGAAUUACGCACACUUGCAGCAGAGAUGAAUCAGUUGCAGUCUGAAUUAAGACUUGCUCGAUCUUUGAUUGCUGAGAGGGACUCUGAAAUUCAAGGCGUUCGCACCACUAACAAUCAGUAUGUUGAAGAGAAUGAAAGGCUUAGAGCUAUAUUGGGGGAGUGGAGUACCAGAGCAGCUAAGCUGGAGCGUGCUUUGGAGGCCGAGCACAUGUCAAAUCUAGAACUGCAGAAGAAAAUUGCGUCUUUAAAGUCUCAAACACCGCGUGAGCAAGCUGAACCGGCAUUGCAGCUGGACCAGUAAUUUUUAGUUAUUAAUAGUGAGUUUCCAUCAAGUUUUUCUUUGGCUCAUGUGCAUUCACUUGGUUCUGGACAUUCUUUGUUUCCCUUUUCAUGCUUUAAGCAGAAUUCAGGAUGUAUUCUUGUUUGGAUAAUAGCGGAUUAGUAUUGAAUUAGCGGAUUGAACGUCAAUUAGAGAUUUAACUUGUCAAAUCCACCAACUAGUUUGUUUGGUAUAUAACUUACUUGUUUGUAAAGAGCUUGGUUGAUUAGCUGUUUUUAGCCUACAACAUUAAUUUUGAAAAAGUUGAAAAAGCUCAGUAUAAGUACAUUUUGACAAGCGAUGAUUCGUACAAUAACAUCAAUAUAAAAUUCGGAAAUAGCUAUACAAUUUGUUAUUUAUCAAAUAGUUAUUUACAUACAG